AUGCGGCUUGUAGGCGAAGAAUUAUUAGUUCCACCUUUCAUCAAGCAUGAUGGCCAAGACGCGCUGGCACUCGACCUCAACUCUUCCAAAUGGAGUAUCAUCGACUUCGGGUCUGGUCAAGGCGGUGCCAUCGCAAUCAUCGAGAAGGUCAUCAAUCACGGACGUGACUCUCCCAUUCCUUCCAUCCUGACCGAUCUCCAUCCUAAUCUGGAUGUCUGGAUGGAGCUCGCAACUCAUUAUUCUCGCGCGCUAUCUUUCAUCCCGCAACCCGUCGAUGCUGCGAAUCCUAGGUAUGCGGCUAUCAGUACCACCACGAGAGGUGACGAGGAAGCUGCGUCACAGGCUGGGUUUGAGAGCAACGGGAGGAAAGUCUUUGGAUUGUUCGGUGAGAGUUUCCGUCGUUUCGAUGAUGCAUAUGCAGUCAACGUGUUGAAGAAGAGUACAUUGGAGUCUGCUGAUGCGUUUGCGAUUGUGGAGUUGCGAGAACGUAGGCUGUUUGCUCUGGUUGCAGAGCUGCUCGAGACGUGGUUAUUCUUGAUAUUUUGGGAUGGAUUUGGUUUGCAGAGGACAGGGUGCAUUGGAUCUUCAUCUAUCUGA